UCGCCAAUCCCUUAGCAGGGGUGGGUCGGUGGCCGACACUUGCUUUGGCUGGCCUUGAUUUAAAGAGACAGAAGCUGUGGAGGUCUUAGGAGACGGUCCCCAAUACCUCCCCCCAAGUCCUUGGGACCACUUGGGUCCCCCGAGCUGGGGAGAUGGUUUGUGGUGGCUUUGCCUGCUCCAAGAAUGCGCUGUGCGCUCUCAACGUGGUCUAUAUGCUGGUGGGCUUGCUACUGGUUGGCGUGGCUGCCUGGGGCAAGGGCCUGGGCCUGGUGUCCAGCAUCCACAUCAUUGGAGGCGUCAUUGCUGUAGGAGUUUUCCUGCUCCUUAUCGCAGUGGCGGGACUGGUGGGUGCUGUCAACCACCACCAAGUCCUGCUGUUCUUCUACAUGAUCAUCCUUGGUCUGGUCUUCAUCUUCCAGUUUGGAAUCUCUUGCUCAUGCCUGGCUAUUAACCGCAGCAAGCAGACAGAUUUCAUUAACGCCUCUUGGCGGGUCAUGCACAACGAAACCCGGCAUGAGCUGGAAAGAAGUUUUGACUGCUGCGGUUUGUUCAACUUUACAACCCAGUAUCAAGACGAUGCUUCCUGCGAUGCACUCUGCAAGAACAGGAGCUCCACGUGCCAGAUGUGUGGAGAAAAGUUUCUGAAGCAUUCAGAUAAAGCUCUGAAAAUCCUAGGGGGCGUGGGACUCUUCUUUAGCUUUACAGAGAUCCUUGGCGUUUGGCUAGCAAUGAGAUUUCGGAAUCAGAAGGAUCCCCGAGCCAACCCCAGUGCCUUCCUAUGAGACUCUGGAUCCUUUGGACUUCUUUCCUGCUGUCUCCCUCAGCUUUUUACUUCUCCCAUAACGAAAACCUGGAGUCUGUAUCCUUUCAGAAGAAGGACAGAUCCUCUGCCACUCUAAAACUGACUAGGCCUUGACAUAUUUUGAUGGGAGUAAUAUCAUAGGGCAUAGUAACAACAACUUCAUCUUUCUCUCCCGUGUGGAUAUGGACAGCUUGUGGGAGUGCACGGAUCAGGCCUGGAGUCAUUUAUAGCUGUUUCCCCUCUUCUACAUGCUGGACCGCCUCAACACACCUGGCCUGGCUUCCAAGGAUCAGUCAGGAACAAAGCCCAGAAAACUACGAAGAACUCUUAAAUGUGUGGGACCCAGUCUGAGGAAGUGAAUAUAAAAAUAAAUCUCAUUUUAGCUCCAUAAUCAAAGAAGCACCUUAAAUUCCUUUUUCUUUGCCAGUCAAGGAGCGCCACUGGCUGCCUAGGCCCUGUGUAACUCAGGAAGAGUUUCAGGUUCUGCAGAGGAGUUCUUCCUUUUCAGUGGUUUUUCCAGUCUCCCAGUGGCAAAGCCAAUCAGAGAAAGAAACAUUAAAAAAAA